GUAAAUGUUUUAAGUGUAUAAUAAAUAAAGAGAUCACUUAGAUAUGGUAAUUAAAUGUGAGUAGCCUGAUAGUAUGCAGUUUCUGAUUAGUCAGUGGUGGUUGACCUUAAGGGGGCUUGGCAGUUAAACAGUUAACUCGCAGUGAUUAGGCAGGUUCUGCACGUGCCCGGGCCUCAGCCCCUGAGGCACCCAUGCUGGCUGUGUUUCCUGCUAAGCCCCGCCCCCAAGAUGCACAUGCUGGCUGUGUUUUGCUAAGCUCCGCCCCACCCUGGAGACACCCACACUGGCAACAUCCUGCUCUCAUUAUAUUUGUUUACCUUUCGCCUGUGCUGAUAUCUUCCCGUUUUGACUCGGGUGGUGGGGGGGGACCUGUGAUUCAAGUGAGGGGCAGCGAGGGCUUUGUGGUAACAGGAUGUGACGUUGGCCAGGCGCGUGUGCAUGUGUGUGUGCGUGUGUGUGUACGUGCCUGCGCGCCGUCCGGAGCAGGAUGUGCAGGACCAGGACAGCGGCCCCGGCCCUUCCUGUGACGGCCCCGAGGCCCGGAGAGCGACUCGUGUCUCAGGACUCCCAUGCGCUCCAAGGGCUGCGGGUGCGAACCUCGGCGAGGGCCCAGGGCACUCUGUGCCUGCUGGCCCUCGCUGUCCAAAGAUCUUGCAGAACAUGACAGGCCCCUAACACCCACCAAAGGCAUGGCCGCAGCUUGGCCUGGACCCCAGCCUGAACCAUGCCCUGGGCCUGGGGCCAAGGCCAGACUCGGUGGGGUGCUGGAGCGUUCCCCAGGGGCCCCGGAGCGGGUGCUCAGGGUCUUCCACCAUUUUGAGAGCAGCAGUGAGCCAGACACCUGGGCCAGCAACGUCCGGCACGGAGACGCCACUGACGUCCGGGGCAUCAUCCAGAGGAUCCUGGACCUCCACAGUGUGAGGAGCACUCCCUGCUUCGGCCUGCGUCUUUCUCACCUGCGGUCAGGGGAGGUGCACUGGCUGCAUCCUGACAUCGGCGUCACCCACGUGAGGGAGAAGUUCGAGCAGAACCAAGCCCAGGAGCACUGGAGGUAUGAACUCCGCAUUCGCUACUUGCCGAAGGGAUACCUGACUCAAUUCAUGGAGGACAGGCCAACGCUGAACUACUUUUACCAGCAGGUUAAGAGUGACUACAUGUCGGAAAUUUCAGAUCACGUCGACCAAGAUAUCGCUCUCAAGUUAGGCUGCCUUGAGAUCAGGAGGUAUUUCAGGGAGAUGCGUGGAAAUGCUCUGGAUAAAAAGUCAAAUUACGAGUUACUGGAGAAGGAUGUCGGCUUGAAACGCUUCUUCCCCAAAGCUUUACUGGAAUCCAUUAAGCCCAAGACGCUGCGAAAGCUGAUCCAGCAGACCUUCAAGCUGUUCGCCAACCUGAACGAGGAGCAGAGCAUCCUCAAGUUUUUCGAAAUCCUUUCACCAGUUUACAGAUAUGACAAAGAGUAUUUCAAAUGCGCCCUCGGGUCGAGCUGGGUUAUCGCCGUCGAGCUUGCAAUUGGACCUGAGGAGGGGAUCAGCUACCUUACUGACAAGGGUUCGAGUCCUACCCAUCUGGCUGAGUUCAGCCAUGUCCAGGCCAUCCAGUUCCCCGGCCUCGAGGACAAGGACAGGAAGGGUGUGCUGCAGCUGGACGUGUCGGGGGCCGUGGAGCCCCUGACUGUCACGACUUCGUCACUGAGUGCGGCAGAGAACAUGGCCGACCUGAUCGACGGCUACUGCCGCCUGGUAAAGGGGGUGUUGCAGUCCUUCAUCGUCCGGCCGCUGAAAGAGGGAGAGAGAGCGCUACCGUCAGUGCCCAGUGAAGCUGGCGGCAGCGAGAAGCGGCUUCAGGGAGGCAGGACGCGGGCUGUCUCAGAUGAAGUUAGCGGGGGAGAGACAGACGACUAUGCAGAAAUCGUAGAUGACGAGGAUGUCCACACCAUGCCCUCCAAAAGCUGUGGGCUUUAUAAAGCCAGAGACUACGAGGUCCAGCGAGAGUGGGUCCAGCUGGGACGCUGCAUCGGAGAGGGGCAGUUCGGGGACGUUCACCAGGGCGUCUUCACGAGCCCGGGCCACUCCUGCCUGUCCGUAGCGGUCAAGACGUGUAAAAACUGCACUUCGGAUAGCGUCAGAGAGAAAUUCCUACAAGAAGCCUUGACCAUGAGGCAGUUUGAUCACCCGCACAUAGUGAAGCUGAUCGGCAUCAUCACCGAGAGUCCAGGCUGGAUCGUCAUGGAGCUGUGCACCCUGGGAGAGCUGCGUUCCUUCUUACAAGUCAGGAAGUACACCCUUGGUUUGGCCUCCCUCAUCCUCUUCGCCUACCAGCUGAGCACAGCUCUUGCUUAUCUGGAAAGCAAGCGAUUUGUGCACAGAGACAUCGCUGCCAGGAACGUCCUGGUGUUUUCCGCAGACUGCGUCAAGCUGGGAGACUUCGGCCUCUCUCGAUACAUGGAGGACUGUUCCUAUUACAAAGCUUCCAAAGGGAAGCUACCUAUUAAAUGGAUGGCCCCUGAAUCCAUUAACUUCAGACGCUUCACCUCUGCUAGCGACGUGUGGAUGUUUGGCGUCUGCAUGUGGGAGAUCCUCAUGCAUGGGGUCAAGCCAUUCCAGGGGGUGAAGAACAACGACGUCAUCGGCAGGAUAGAGAACGGCGAGCGGCUGGCCAUGCCCCCCAACUGCCCCCCCACCCUGUACAGCCUAAUGACCAAGUGCUGGGCCUACGACCCAAGCAAGAGGCCCCGCUUUACUGAGCUCAAAGUACAACUCAGUACGAUCCUGGACGAGGAGAAGCUUCAGCAGGAGGAGCGCGUCCGCACCGAGAUGAGGCGCCAGGCCUGGGACAGUGGCGGAACUGACGAAGCCCCCCCAAAACCCAGCCGCCCCGGAUACCCCAGCCCCCGCUGCAGUGAGGGGUUCUACCCCAGCCCCCAGCAUGGGGGUCAGCACAACCAUUACCAGGUCUCCGCUUAUGCCGCCCCCCAUGGGAAGUACCCACAGGCCUCGCUACUGGACCCACAGGAGACCCGGAACCACCUGCACCCACAGGACGUACCCGUGUGGCCCUCCAGUGCGGAGGAUGGGGGGCCGUUGGAGCGGCGAGGAAUGGGCCAGGGGCUGCCCCCCCAUCUGAUUGAAGAGCAGCUCUCGCUGCAGCAGAUGGAGGAGGACCAGCGCUGGCUGGAGCAGGAGGAGCGUCUCCUGAAGCCGGAGCCGAGGAAUUCAAGGGCCAGCGCCGACCCAGAAGAAGGCAGCCUGCCGGGGCCGGCAGGAAACCAGCACGUCUACCAGCCCAUCGGCAAGCCAGAUCACAUUGCCCCCCCCAGGAAGCCCCCCCGACCUGGAGCCCCCCACGCCGGCGUGACAGCGGACAGCUACAACGAUGGAGUGAAGAUUCAGCCCCAGGAGAUCAACCCCCCUCCCACAGCCAAUUUGGAUCGCUCCAACGACAAAGUGUAUGAGAAUGUGAUGGGACUGGUCAAAGCAGUCAUCGAGAUGUCCAGCAAAAUACAGCCGGCACCCCCAGAGGAGUACGUGCCCAUGGUGAAGGAUGUGGGCCUGGCACUGAGGAUGCUGUUGGCUGCCGUCGAUGAAACGAUACCCAGUCUACCUUCGGGGUCACACAGAGAGGUGGAGAUGGCCCAGAAGCUGCUGAACUCAGACCUGGCCGACCUCAUCAGCAAGAUGAAGCUGGCACAGCAGUACGUCAUGACCAGCCUGCAGCAGGACUACAAGAAGCAGAUGCUGACGGCCGCCCACGCACUCGCUGUGGACGCCAAGAACCUGCUGGACGUCAUCGACCAAGUGCGCCUGAAGAUGGCGCCGCAGCCGCGGCCUCAGUAACCCCAGCGUAAGAGGCGGAGUCAGACGGAGACGACCAAUCGGGCUGAACUGGAAUGGAACAUUUAUCAUACACCAGCUUGGCAGGAAGGGCAACUCCUACAGCCAGGGCUCAGCCAAUGGGAAUGCAGAUCUUCUGCUAAGACUCCCACCCAGUAUCUUUCGACACGCCCUCCCAGGGUCUGCGAAAGACACGCCCAGAGUUUCCAGUGGCGAUUCAAUGUACUCUUCUUCUUUUUUUGUAUCUGGAGAUUUUAUUCAGAUAAAAGUAAAGGGUUCAGCUACAGUUCAGCAGACACAGUGAAGAUGCUCCAGUACGGCUGGGGAAGAGAACACCUCCAAGCUACUCUGUACAUAGUCCAGGGAAACCCAAAAGUUCACAAUUCUUAAUGCUAAACUAUGGUUCCUUUUGUGUCGGUCACAUUUAAUGUGCUACUCUUGCCGUUGUGUGGAGGGUUCGAAAUAGAUAUAUUUUGUUUUAAUUUGUUUCCACCUCUAUCAUAUAGGGGGACAUUGAUGGAAUUCAAUAUGAAUAAAUUAACUAAAUGCAGAAA